GGAAACAUGGCGGUGUCCACGGCACAGCGGCCGGCUGCCCGAGCUUCAGUGUUCGUGUUAACUUUCCUCGCCGCGUUAAUACUACACGACAGUGUCGCCGACGUUGCCCCGCCAAGCGACACACCGACACACCGUCGCUUCGAGUACAAAUACAGCUUCAAAGGACCGCACCUGUCUCAGACUGACGGCAGCAUUCCCUUCUGGAUCCACACUGGAAAUGCCAUCCCCAGCGCCGACCAAGUCCGAAUCACGCCGUCCCUCAAGAGUCAAAGAGGAUCCGUGUGGACCAAGAACAAAGUUAACUUUGAAAACUGGGAGGCUGAAGUGACAUUCCGGGUGUCUGGAAGAGGAAGAAUGGGAGCAGAUGGGCUGGCCGUGUGGUUCACCGCUGAACAGGGUCUGGACGGUCCUGUCUAUGGUGCUGCUGACAAGUGGAAUGGUGUUGGAAUCUUCUUUGACUCUUUUGACAACGACGGGAAAAAAAAUAACCCUGCUAUAAUUGUUGUGGGAAACAAUGGCCAGCUUGUUUAUGACCACCAAAACGAUGGCAGCACACAAGCUUUGGGCACAUGUUUACGAGAUUUUCGUAACAAACCGUAUCCAGUCAGAGCCAAGAUAACAUACUACCAAAAGACCUUGACAGUCAUGAUCAACAACGGUUUUACUCCGGACAGAGAAGACUAUGAAUUCUGUGUGAAGGUGGACAACAUGAUCGUACCCUCUGAAGCUUUCUUUGGUAUUUCUGCUGCCACCGGAGGUUUGGCAGAUGACCAUGAUGUUCUGUCCUUCCUGCUGUUCAGACUCUCAGAACCGGGCCAACAACUGCCUCCACCUGAAUCCGAGAUUCCUAAAGAAGAGAAGGACAAGUACCAGGAGGAAUUUCAGAACUUUCAGCAAGAGCUGGACAAAAAGAAAGAGGAGUUUCAGAAGGAGCACCCAGACGUCCAAGGACAGCCAAUCGAGGACCUGUAUGAAAGUGUAAAUGACCGGGAGAUCCGUCAGAUCUUUGAGGGACAGAAUCGCAUCCAUCUUGAGAUCAAACAGCUCAAUCGGCAGCUGGCGAUGAUCCUGGACGAGCAGCGAAGAUACGUGUCUGUGAUCACCGAUGAAAUCGCCAAGAAGGGAACCAACGCAGAGUCUGGACAGCUGGACAGUCAGCAGCUGAGCGCCAUCAUCUCCAAUCAGCAUGAAGUUCUUCGAAAUCUGGAUGUGCUGAGAAACAGCUUCCAUGAAUCGGUGAAGCAGAUCGGAUCGGCCCAGCACCAGGGGGGCGCUGGUGGUGCGGGAACAUAUGAGAGCAUUCAGCACUUCAACGACAUCAAGGAGCAUUUGCACACAGUCAAAAGAGCUGUGGAGCAUCUGGUGGAGCGGAAUUCCCAGAACCCUGCUGAAAAAGCGACCAAGUGCCCAGAGUUGCCGCCCAUGCCGUCCUGUUUAUCCACCGUCCACUUUAUAAUCUUCAUCGUCACCCAGUCCGUUCUGUUCUUGUGCUACAUCAUGUACAAAAGCCAACAAGAAGCAGCAGCAAAGAAGUUCUUUUGAUUUGGAAAAAAGACAUAUCAUUGUAAAAAUGAAGAAAUAUUAAUUUUGUCAUCCAUUUUUUCGAUUGAUUUUUCUUCUAAUUUUAAGUUAUUGUACCCAAAUUGGACUAGAAAUAUACCUUUAAUCACCGAUUCCGUUUGAAUAAAAUAUCUUUUGGGACAUAC